CGCCGCCGCUCCCCGCCCGCGCCCGCGCCCGUGAUGUGGCGCAACCGCGCGAACGCGCACUAACAUAGACCUGGAUCGCGGGAAAGUGGGUCACCGACUCACUUUCACUUAUUAUUACAUGGGCUCCUAAUCGUUUUCCAUUGUGCUCGCGGGCGGAGGCUCGCGGGUGGCGGCGGGGCGCGCAUGCGGGAGGCGCCCGCGCCGGCACGCGCGCCUUUGUCGCCGGCCGGCCGCCAGUCGAUCGCGGAACGUCUCCAGAGCGGCACGUACGCCGCUGCCGAUGCGAACUCUCGACGCGAUCGUAACAUCACUCGCGACGUAAACUCUUGGACGAUUGUACCGAUCAGCUGUGCUCGACGGCGCUCGGCGCCCCUCAAACCAAUACCCAUAGAACAAAAUGUUCUGGAUUUAUGUGUCUCCAUCUAUAGUGCUUGAACAGGUGCAGCCCGCGAGCGGCAGAUAGUGUUGCGGUCAAACCGCUAGUGAACUCGGUGACUGUGUGAACGUUGUCGCGGUCGAACGCCGCUGUAGGGAGUUGUAAUAAGCAGCCGCCGAGCGCGGCCGAGCAUGACGAUGGACCAGCAGACAGGCCUUAUGUCCCUCAACAUGUCUCCGUUCGACUUGAGUCCGGGUCCUGAAGGAUCUGGUUCUGGCGGACCUUCGGGAGCUUCUCAACAAUACGUGCCGCAGGGUGCUGCUUACCAGUGCCCUGAACAACAAUCUUUUGGCUACGCCAAUUUGGACCCAUCAUAUCUGUUUCCGACAGGAACCGGUGGCGAGCCAGGAGCUUAUUUGCCAGCAGCAGGCACAGUUUGCGAUCAGGCUGACACGAAAGAUGUGAUCGAAGAGUUAUGCCCUGUCUGCGGCGACAAGGUCAGCGGCUACCACUACGGACUCCUCACCUGCGAGUCGUGCAAAGGAUUCUUUAAGAGAACUGUACAAAAUAAGAAGGUGUACACUUGUGUCGCUGAACGGGCCUGUCACAUAGAUAAAACACAGCGGAAACGUUGCCCGUUUUGCCGUUUCCAAAAGUGUCUCGACGUCGGGAUGAAAUUGGAAGCUGUUCGAGCGGAUCGUAUGAGAGGUGGACGUAAUAAGUUCGGUCCCAUGUACAAACGUGAUCGCGCCCGUAAAUUGCAGAUGAUGAGGCAACGGCAAAUGGCCGUGCAGACGCUACGAGGCUCACUUAGUGACGGUGGAUUAGUGCUCGGAUUCAACUCGCCUUACGCCUCAGUUCCGGUCAAACAGGAAAUACAGAUCCCGCAAGUGUCGUCCCUGACUUCAUCCCCCGAGUCGUCUCCAGGGCCGGCCCUGUUGGCGGCGCAGACGCAGCAACCCCAACCGCCACCGCCUCCCGCGCACGACAAAUGGGAAUCGCAUUCACCGCACUCCGCCUCACCGGACGCCUUCGCGUUCGACGCGUCCGCGACCACAGCAGCGACACCCUCCAGCACCGCAGAAACCACCAGCACCGAGGCGCUCCGCGUCUCGCCCAUGAUUCGGGAAUUCGUCCAAACCAUAGACGACCGCGAGUGGCAAAAUUCGCUCUUCGGACUCUUGCAGAGCCAAACCUAUAACCAGUGUGAAGUCGAUCUCUUCGAGUUAAUGUGUAAAGUUCUGGACCAAAACUUGUUUUCUCAAGUGGACUGGGCGCGAAACACCGUGUUCUUUAAGUAUUUAAAGGUCGAUGACCAAAUGAAACUACUGCAGCACUCAUGGUCCGACAUGUUGGUCUUAGAUCACCUACACCAACGGAUGCAUAACGGAUUGCCUGAUGAGACCACACUUCACAACGGACAGAAAUUCGAUCUGCUCUGCUUAGGUCUCCUUGGUGUGCCCUCGCUAGCUGACCACUUCAACGAGCUCCAGAACAAACUCUCCGAACUAAAGUUCGACAUCCCGGAUUACAUCUGCGUGAAAUUCUUACUUCUUCUAAAUCCCGAGGUGAGGGGCAUAGUAAACGUGAAAUGCGUCCGAGAUGGCUACCAGACAGUGCAAGCGGCUUUGCUCGAUUACACACUUACCUGCUACCCGACGAUACAGGAUAAAUUCGGCAAAUUGGUGAUGGUAGUCCCAGAGAUUCACGCGUUGGCUGCGCGGGGAGAAGAACACCUCUACCAGCGGCACUGCGCGGGGCAAGCACCGACGCAAACUUUACUAAUGGAAAUGCUACACGCUAAACGCAAAUCUUGAAAUUCCAGUGAAGAAUAAAAUGAAGACCGAAGAUGCGCAAAGCGCUCCCGACACCACAUCAAAAUAGGAUAUUUUACAAAAAAUAUUACUUAUUAAUUAGCUUUAGUUGUUAACUUGGUGUGUGAUUAAAUUAAUUAAGUUAUUGCGCGAAGCGCCGGCCGGCGGCGCGGCGCGUGCCUAGUCCGAUUACAGAUAAAACAAAUAUUUAUCUAUCUAAUAUCUGUAACAUAAAUAUACAAAAGUAAUAUACACCAGUCUGUGUAGCUAUGGUUAAUUUAUUUAGCAGUUUACGUUGCGUUAUAUCAAAAUUAAAUAAGUACAUUUGAGUUAACUAGUUUCUCUUAACUCCGGUGCGUAAGCGGGAAUUAUUACAAUACAUACUUUAGGAAAGCGUCUGUGAUUAUAAACGAAGAAAUUUGAUGAAAGCAGUUUUAAAUUUAGUCGUGUACUUGUGCAUAAUAAAUGUUAGUUUUAUUCGGUCGGGUGGCGGCGGGCACACCACUCAGCAGGCGACGCCCGCCUCAGUUCGAGGUUACUUAUAUUAAACGACUUACCUUCUUUUAAUCUAUAAGCACUUUCAAUCGAGUUUAUAAAUUGUUUUUCAUUGUAUGAUGUGUACGAUUUUUUACAAACGUGUUCUCUGCUAUCUGGCUGCGUGUGCGUCUGUCGCGCGUUUCUGAGGCAGCGCGCGAUUCCCCUCAAUAUAGUUAUUUCAUUGAGAUGUUACAGAAUUUAUGAGAGUUGUUGGGUAAGUUUAAGGGAAGAAAUUAUGUUUAGAUAUGCGGUUGUUGCCUACUUUAUUAGGUGAGGUUCGAUUACAAUUAAAUUAAUGAUACAAGAAUGGUAAACCAUUAACUAUUAGAAAACUAAUAGGAGUCAAAAUCGGUGAAUUUAAUUUUUGAUAGUCACUUUUCAAUCUUUAUUCACGCAUAUUUAAAAUGAUUACAAAAAAAUACAUGUUGAUAGUCAGUAAAAAUACCUGCACCUAACAAAGUAUUUAACAGCUUCGUAGAUAGGUAGCGAUAAAGUAAAAUGAUUGAUAAUUAAAAAAUCAUAUUUAAAUUCUACAAUUGUUCCCCUAAAUAUAUAUCUGGGUGUUGUAUAAAUUAUUCAAUGUUAUUUUAUUGGCCAUACCAGUACAAACAAAUAUUAUCCCUGUAAAUAAAAUGUUACACGUUUACAGUGAUUUAAAUCUACUUAUAUAUUGUAAUUAUGUAAAAUAUUUUCAACGUACGUGCAAGAAGCCUUAAAAAUCAUAGAUUUUUAAUAAAAUAUGGGUACUAGCAUCUACCGGCCAUCGGUCGAAAAAAAUGAUGUAUUUUUAUAAAACAUAUUGUUCUUUAUUAACAUAUAUAAUAUGUUAACUAAAAGUGCAUGGUUUCGUAUUUUUCUAACAUAAAUAUAGUAGCGUACGUAAACAAGUGUAAAGAUCAACUAUCAGAUGAGGAAAUUAUGUAUACAUAAUAUUAAAACUUAAUGUUAUUAUUAUCCUUGUAUUUAGCCCACGUAAUAAACGUAACAAAUUUAAUUUGAUAACGUUUUAUUUUUGUAAUGAAUGACGUCAAUUCGGUGGUAGUGAAAGCCCAUUUCAUGAGCCGGCAAAUGUUUGUACAAUUUAUUUACAAUUUAGUGUUUUCUGUAGCGCCUGAAUGGGAACCAUGGGCGGUUAAAAAAACAAAUCGAAUAUAUGUAUGUGUUCAAAAUGCUUCAUGCGAUGGGCUUUAAACCUAGUAGUAAGUACACUUGGGUACGUAACGAAAGAUUAAGUUAAUCUAAAAUGUGAUUGACGGAUUGUGUUUUAAAAAUUGUUUAUGAAUUAAAAUUAAAAAUUAUAAAGUUAUAAAUAAUAGUGUCAUUGCACCAAGUGCGAGAGUAGAGUAGGCCGCAUCAACGAUUUGGUAGGCAUUAACUACUGAGAAACUGUUUAAUGCUUUCCAUUUAAUUUGGCUUAGCCCUUAACUAGCCUUGUAUACUAUACUGUAGGUAAUUAAAAUUAUGCACCGUGUUUAAUCUGUAAUACCGUCCAGUGAACACAGUUAUUUAUCAUCAUAACAUUAUAAAGAUGCUUCGCGAAUCUGAUUCAGUUGAUGCUUAAGUAAUUUGAUGUUAGACGAUCGUUGAGCGGUUGUAUGCGUUGCUCCUGCGGGAUACGUUUCCUUUCAUAGUUUGGAUUAUACUGUUUGAAAUUGGGAGCACCUUUAUUAUAUAGCAAUACGAGCUAAAUCCGCAAUGUAAAUGUAGCCAUGUAACCUGUUAAAGCAUCUAAUGCCGUUUUAUGUGAUCUUCAAAUUAUGUAAAGGAAAUUAAAUAUAACAAUGUUAGGUACAUUGUUCAGUUAUUUUGCAGUUCAAUUCAGUUUGUCCUUUUUUGUGUUUAAAUACUUUAUUAAUAUUAUGUCAGGUACACACAAAGGAAGAAAAAUAUAAAAUCAAAAUAUUCUCCACGAUAAAGUCGUAACUAAAAGUAGAUAUUUUCCAUAAAACUGCAGAUUGUUUAAUCAACUACCAUAAUACUAUUCUGAUUAUUUUUGAAAAUUCUUAUUUAGAAGUGUUGAAAUAAGUAAUGUGGUGAGAUUUUUCGUUGUUAUAUUAUUUAUGAUAAUGCAAAAGUUGAGAACUAAAACCUAAAAACAUAUUUACCAAAUCAAUUGGAACAACUAGUUACCGUGCGUUUCUAAGCAAUUGGUUUUCGCGAAUCGAAUAGUUCUUGGUGGCUCUUAUAAUUGUCAACGUUAGUAAUGAGGUUGCUUAUCAUUAUAAUAAUACCAAUAGGAAACAUCUUAAAAAUCCUGAAAGGAGUCGACGUCCAUAUAUCCCGAGAUAUGCCAACGAUUCGUUAUGUUUGCAUACAAAAUUAAAGUUUGUGUAGACUCGCUUGAGACUUUUAUAUCUUACAGAGAACUAACAAUAGUCAUAAUAAUGACAAUAGAAUGCAAAUUAUGUACCUGCUGCAAAUUGUUUUUAACACAAAAUAACUUUGACGAAGUUCCUUGAUAUAUUGUUGUGGUACAAUUUAAUACAUAAUAAAAUUAAAUAAUACGAAAUAAAAACUGAAUUUGUUCAUAAAACAAAUCAAUCAUUUUAUAAAUUUUUUUACUAUUCUUAAGAAUGUACUAACUUUAGAGAGUCUAUUAAAAUCUGCUAUUUAACUGAACGUUUUAAAUAAAUAUAGCUUUCUUUUUUUUUCAAUUAAUAGUAACAACGCUGUGUAUAAAUAUAGCGGUUAGAUGCAGGAGUCUUAAACCCCAGGUCGUGUUAUUAUUUUAAAUUAAUUACGUUACAAAUACGUGAAGCUAUGAACAUGACUACUUUCGUAUUUAAGGAUGUGCGCCUAAACUACAUUUCAAAAUCAAUAGAAACAAGAGACAUUAAUGUAUAAAUAACGUGUGUGUGUAAUGUACAGAUACAAUUUUAAAAUAAUUAUAUUUAUUAUUCCCGACAUCCUUAAGAGUUGAAAGCAGUCCGUUGGUUGCUCUCGCUUCAAUUUGUAAUGUUAUUUUUUCAACUCAGUACGAGUGAAUUGAAGUGAGAUGUAGCUUCGCGAUAUUAGACGCUUUAUCGAAGGCAAAGCUGAUCUGUGAUGGUAUGACAUAGUUAGGUACAUUAGGCUGUGUGGGUCUUAUUUUUCUGUACUCGUGUUGGGUAUAACCAUUAGCGCGUGACCAAUUUAUGGGGAAGAUCACAUGUUCCCACUGCAGCUUUAAACGACGGUUAUAAAAAAAGAGAAGGCAUUUCGCUGUCAUUAGCUGAUCUAAAAUUUAAAUUUUAGACCGUUCAGAAGCCGUUAUACCUCUACUCUUGAUUGCUUUUAUCGGUUUUGUGAUAAAUGAUUAACUUACCAUACGUAUAUGUUACCAUUUUAUAGCUACAGUGUAUCGCGUCAAACUGUGAAUUGCUCUAUUUAAAUACUCGGCAGUAUUAUUUAGGUGUUUUUAUUUUACUAUUAUUUUUCAGUUUGCACAUCACCGAUGAGAGGAAUCGAGUUAUAAUCAUAUACACCUCAAAUGACUACGAUUAUAUUGUAUAAUUAACUAUCAAAUUAUGUAUAUUACCAAAAUAACUAUCUGAUAAGUAAAUGGAAUACAGGCAACAUAAAUUUUAUUAUAUCUAAUGUAUGUGUAUUAUGAUUUAAUCGAUUUAUGAAUAUACAUAUAAACUAUAAUUGUAAUCAGAAUAUUCAGUAUACCAAUAUUAUAAUAUAUCGUAAUGAUUAUUAUAUGAUCCUAUAUUAUUAUUCAGAAUCCUUCCAAUAGGUCCAACUUCGACUACAAAAUUAAUUUAUUUUUUAUUACAAUAUGAUUAUGACACGGCUGCAUAUGUAUAGUAUGUUAAUGUGUCACUAUCAUAUUUAAAAUCAGUGUACCUAGUUCGAAAAAUAUUCAUAACUUAUAGGUAUUUGUAUGUUUUAUAAUAUUGCGUAGUCGUUCGCCGGCUUAUAGUGUUUGGGUCCGAGGUACCAGUCGUUGUGCCAUUAGUUAAAUGUUCGUACAGGGUCGUAGCAGGCGCGCGCAUCCCUCACUCACUCGUUAACUACAAAGCUGCAGUUCUAGCACGAAUCACACCACCAAACAACAUCCUUACAUUUCACUCCAGUAAUUGUUUUUAACGUAGACAAAUAAAAAUUCUUUUCAAGGUGCCAGUGAUUGAAAUCAUUUUCUUUACACAUAAAUACUUAACACUAUAUCUUUUCCUGUUAGCUUCACACCUCUAAUUAUUAUUAAUCUAAAGCCACGUUCGAUGUUUGACAUUUUGAUUCAGUUGAAUGUUUAAAUCUUUACAUAUAAAUCUAAAACUACUAUUUAAUUUUAAGAUUAGCGUGUAACGUACAGCGUACGAGCUGUGUUUUAGUGUUUACGGAAGUAUAUCUAUAUUUAUGAAAUAAUAUAAUAAGUAUUUUAAUGUUAAGACACAAUGAGUGUUCUAUGUAAAUGUACAUUUUGAGUUCAAUUAGUUUAAGCGGAUGACAGUAGCGUGUAAGGCCGCGCGUGGUCGAACAGUCCUGUUGGUUUGUACUGUUUACUGGGACUGUUUGUCGACGCUCGGCUAGUGUCCGUCCACUCGCUCAGAUUCGCUCGCGCAAUGUAACGUAGCUUUGCCCGUCGCACCGUGUUUACAAGUCUUAUAAGCUAACAUGUUGUUUUUUUUCUUCUGACAGUCUUUGCAUUGUUACCGCACGACAGAGAUGAGUUGUUGAGCUUUUUGCAGAUCAGAUUUAUAGUGGUUUUCUAAAUUGAGUGUUAUUAUACUGAAUUUGUUUUAUGAUACAUUAAUAAUGUAUUUAUAAUACUUAUAUAGGUUUUUGACUUCCGAGCAACAAGCGAAUCAUAACAACACUAAUAAAAUUAUUUUCCAACAACCAUUCAACAAUUUAUAAGACGUCGCUAACACUACAUAAACGAUUUUUAUUGCCGAUAUGCCAGCAACAUUUCUUUUGUCAAAAGUAAUGCUUGAUAAGAUUCACAGAACUUAAAGGCCAUGUGAGAGAACAUAGCUUUUUGAUGGUGUACCGAGCGUUCAUUAGUUGGUAUCGCUCGUGACGCUCAUAGCGCUCGCUCGCGGGGGGAGAGAGGGUACGUACGCGUCGCACACAUUCCAAAAUAGCUAAUCGUAACGCUCAGCGACAGGCGUCGGGAUCGCGUUACUAAUUAGUAAGUUAACCACUUUGUUGUUCAUUAACGAUAAGUUAGGUUUAAUCUCAGUCGAUGUUGUUUAACUUUAGUCUGUGUAUAGUAUUCUCUCGGUUAAGUUUAUGUGAGUACGUGAAUUUGAGCGAAUCGACAGACCUAACGAAGGGUUCAUACUAGCUGUAAUUAUUAAGUACCUAAGCGAUUAUUUCUGUUGCACCCUAACUUUAUUUCUUAAAAAACUGUGUUAGUUAUAUUUUAUUAAUUGUACAUAUAACGUAGGUAGGACGAUGUAUACAGUGUUUUCAUUCAAUCUUAAAUGGUUAUUGUUGAAUCUAAAAUGUGGGGAUGGCAAAUACUAAUGCACUGUUGCAUUUUGCUGUUAAUAAAUUUAAGUAAAUCUUUUAUCUGAUACCAUAGGUUUACGAGUUAUUUAUGUGUUACUGUUGUAUAGGGUGAGGUCACAUCUCGGGUGUGGGCCCGUGUGGUCCCGGGGUGUACCGAGGAACGAUUACCUCGCAUCCGGGCUCAAGGCUCGGUCGCACCGAUCAAUCUUAUUGUAAAUCGUAAUACAUAAGUACAUCCAAUUAGUUUAGCCACGAAGGCUCGCUGUGAGGCUGCAUUCAAUCUAACUGAAUUAUUUUUUAUUGUAUACUCGUAGAUUUUUUUUUAUAACGGCACAUCACGCGCAGUACAUCACGAACGUAAGUAAGGCUUUAUAUUUACAUUCAACACUAUGAUCCCUCGACAGUUCUUUUAACAGUGGAAAGUGUGACAUUUUAGUGUAACAACUCCAUUAUAUCAUGCUUAUCAGAAUUGUCAGCGGCACAAGAUCAACACCCUGGAACAAACCACCUUGCCUUGCUGUGACAAUUCAGUUAGAAUGGAUCGACCGUUAUGUUUACCGCAGCCACAAUUGUACCGUGUCAUUACCUCACAUUACAUCUUUUAUACAUUUUAAAAAUAGUUAUUGUUGUCGCUAAAUCUUUUAAACUUAAUUUUAUUGUCAAAUAUUGUUUAGAGGUGUCUUUUUAAGUUUAAAAAAAUUGUAAACACGAUGAUCUAUAUAGAUGGCAAGAUAAAUAUGUAUAUUAUGGCGGUGUGAGAUCGGGCGUGCAUCGUCAGUGUAUUUAUUCUCGUGGUGAUUAAUAAAUAUUGUGAGACGCACGAACGCGCCGGGGGCGGGGCGUGCCUCCGCACCCGCUCGUUAUUGUAGAAAUAAAUGAUAUUUUCGUUUAAACAAUUGUGUCUUUAUUUAUCUAAAUCCCCUUUGUAGAUCAAUUGUUAUAUUAUCUAAGCCCCUCUGUAGAUCACUUAUUAUGUCAGUAUAUUUUAAAUAUUCAUAGAUGAAUAGUGUAAAUAAGUAGGUAGGUAUAUAUAUUUACCCAAUAAUGGAUAUUGGUGUUCCAAAAUUCUGUAUAAAUAGAAUGUUGCAAACAUAUGUAUUAAUGUAAACUCAGGUAAAGAAAAUUUUAUAUUUUAAUAUAUGAGAUUCGUUACAACAGCAUUAAAGAGCGAAAUAAACACAUUAAAC